AUGAGUUUAAUGAUUGAAUAUUUAAUGCCUUAAGAAGAAAGAGAUAAAAUUUCUUAGACUUUCUAUAAAAUCGAUCUAAAUAAUGAUGGAAAAAUAUCUAAAGCUGAAUUAUAUUAGUAAUAUUUAGCAAGAUCAGGAGAUUAAAAUUAAGCAAAGUAAGAAGUGGAUAAAAUAUUUUCAUAAUUAGAUAUUAAUGAAAAUCAAUUUUUAGAUUUCAAUGAAUUUUUAAUUGCAUCUUGUAAUAAAAAAGCUCUUUUUAAAGAAGAAAAUUUAAGGAAUUUUUUUAAUAAAUUAGAUAGAAAUCAUAGUAAAUAGAUAUCUGCUAAUGAACUUAAAAUCUUCUUUUAUAAUACUAAUUUAUCUUCAUCAGAUUGGUAAUAAGUUAUUCAUUUGGGAGAAAAAAAAUAAGAAUUGAAUAAUAAGAUUUCUUAUUAAGAGUUUGUUUCUUUGUUAACUGAAAAUGAAUGA